UUAUUUAUUUAUUAUUGUUGCAACGGCAUUUCGUUAUUACUUAGAGAGCCACAUACAAAGCCAUUGCUGAGUGUUAGUGUUUGUGUAUGUGUGUGCGUUUGUUGGUUUUCUGUUUGCCAUCUACGCGCCUGUGAAAAAUCGAAGUUAUUGCAUUACAUUGCGGCCGCUGCUUGCCCUUUGGGAAUUCAAUUUACAUGCUAAUGACAGUGCUAUCGACAUCAACUUAAAUCCGAAGCCAGCGAGAGUCGAAAGUCGUUGUUGCAUACCAAUCAAGGCGGUCGAAGCAGUCAGACAUGGCUGAAGAUACCGAAUACAAAAAAUUGCCCGUUGAGGAGCGUUGCGUGCACAAGCUAUGGAAGGCACGUGUCGAUGGAUACGAGGAGGCGGCUAAGCUCUUUCGCGAGCUUGACGAUGAAAAGUCUCCGGAGUGGUCCAAAUAUGCAGGGCUUAUCAAGAAGAUGAUUGUUGAUUCAAAUGCGCUGGCUCAGGAAAAGGGCCUGGAGGCAGCCUUGAUUUUUGUAGAGAACAGCGGCCUAGCUGGCCGCACUGUUGGGGAUGUCAUGACGGGCAUUGUGCAAAAAUGCAUUGCUGCCCCGAAGACUAAGACAAAGGAAUUAUCCGUGCAGGUCACACUUAUGUAUGUGGAGAUUGAAAAGCACGAGGCGGUGGUGGAGGAGCUGGUCAAAGGCAUGGAUCACAAAAAUCCCAAAAUAGUCUCAGCCUGUGUGGCAGCCACCACACAAGCGAUGCGUGAAUUCGGCCAUAAAGUCAUAAGCCCCAAGCCGCUCAUUAAAAAGCUGGCGCAACUUUUGUCAGAUCGAGAUAAAUCUGUGCGCGAUGAGACUAAACAGUUGGCCAUCGAAAUGUAUCGCUGGAUUGGCCCUGCCAUGAAGACACAUAUUGCUGCAUUGCCACAAGUGACGCUCAAGGAGCUGGAGGAUGAGUUUGAUAAACUUAAGGGCGAGCGUGCGGAGGCCUCCAGAUAUUUGAAAUCCCAGCAGGAGAAGCAGGCAAAGAUUGCCGAUGCCGCCGCCACUGAAGAAGCAUAUAAUGAUGACGAUGCUGAGGGUGGCGCUGAGGAAGUUGAUCCCAUGGAUCUGAUUGAUCCAGUUGAUAUUCUCUCAAAGCUGCCCAAGGACUUCUACGACAAGCUGGAGGAGAAGAAAUGGACGCUGCGCAAAGAAUCGCUUGAAGUAUUGGAAAAACUGCUCACAGAUAAUCCCAAAGUAGAGGGUGGUGAAUUUGGCACGCUGGUCAAUGCGCUGAAGAAAGUCAUCACCAAAGAUUCUAACGUUGUGCUGGUGGCCAUGGCGGGCAAAUGCCUUGGCAUGCUGGCCAAAGGUCUCUCUAAGCGUUUCUCAACUUAUGCUUCGGCUUGUGUACCUGCACUACUCGAGAAAUUCAAGGAAAAGAAGCCAAAUGUGGUCACUGCACUACGUGAUGCCAUGGAUGCUAUUUACGCAUCUACCACACUGGAGGCACAGCAGGAAUACAUCGUAGAAGCGCUGGCCAAUAAGAAUCCCAAUGUCAAGUCCGAGACGGCCAUGUUUCUAGCGCGGGCACUUACCCGUACACAGCCCACGGCUAUGAACAAAAAGCUGAUUAAGUUGAUGGUUACUUCACUGUUGAAAACACUGAAUGAAUCCGAUCCCACGGUACGCGAUAACAGCGCCGAGGCGCUCGGUACGCUGAUGAAACUGAUGGGCGACAAGGCGUUGGGUCCGCUGCUCACUGAUGUGGAUCCCUUGAAAAUGGCCAAAAUCAAGGAAUGCCAUGACAAAGCAGAAAUUAAAGUUAAAGUAGCUGCACCCAAGAAGGCGCCAGCACGUCCUGCCACCGCACCAACAGGCAAGACCGCAGUAGCUCCUGCCAAGGUCAACGCUGGCAGCUUGGAGCCGAAAGCAGUGGCGCGUCCAGCCACUUCUGGUGCACGAAAGGUUUUGAAAAAGCCCACUGCAGCUGCAGCAGGAGCCGCUGGCGCUGGUUUGGCUAAGUCUUCGAGCAGCAAGGCGCUGGCUACAGAGCGUGAAAUGUCACCCGAAGAGGUGCAAGAGAAGGCAGAUGAACUUCUGCCAGCUGAAAUACUCAACGGCCUCGGCGAUGCCAACUGGAAGAAUCGUUUGGCAGCAGUGGAGCAGCUACUGGUAGAGAUUAGCAGCUACGAUGCCAAGCAGCCAGGAAUUUCACAGAUUCUAGUGCGCACUAUUAGCGGACGCAAGCCUGGGCUCAAGGAAACAAACUUCCAAGUGCUGAAGCAUAAGUUGGACAUCAUACGCUGCGUGGCCGAGAAUUAUCCUCUCACCAUCAUCACCGUGGACAAUGUGGUAAAUGAAAUAACUGAGAAGCUGGCAGAUGCCAAGAAUGGAGGAGUCGCUGCGGAAGUGCUUACCGCUCUGGCCGAGUCCACCAAGCUAGAGUAUGUGGUCAGCAAGGUCCUGAGUUUUGCCUUCGAGCAAAAGUCUCCCAAAGUGCAGUCGGAAGCAUUCAACUGGAUGAACAAAUCCAUUUUAGAGUUUGGCUUUCAGCUGCAGCCCAAAAUGGUUAUUGAAGAUGUGCGCAAGGGUGUGCAGAGCACUAAUCCACUCGUGCGUGGCGCUGCCAUACAGCUGGUGGGCACAAUGACCAUGUACAUGGGCAAUGCACUCAUGAUAUUUUUUGACGGCGAAAAGCCCGCGCUUAAGUCGCAAAUCCAAGCUGAGUUUGAUAAGAAUCUUGGUGAGAAACCGCCCAGGCCUAUAAGGGGCGUUAAAGGCAGAUCUGCUGGUGGUGAUGGGCAGGACGAAGAGCAGGAUGAUGAGGCUGCCGCAGAGCCAGAACCCAUAAAUCUAGCAGACUUGCUGCCACGAAUGGACAUUGCACCGCAAAUCACAGAAGCGCUGCUCAAAGAAAUGUCCGACAAGGAUUGGAAAACGCGCAAUGAGGGACUCAACAAGCUGCAGCUGAUCAUCAGUGAAGCCAGACUUAUCAAACCAAGCAUUGGUGAUCUGGCGCCUGCCUUGGCACAUCGUCUGGUUGACUCUAAUGCCAAAAUAGCGCAGACCGCGCUUUCGAUUUGUGAACAACUGUCAACAGCCAUGGGCGCUGGUUGUCGUGCUCAUGUGCGCGCACUCUUUCCAGGAUUUCUACAUGCGCUUGGUGACAACAAGAGUUUUGUGCGUGCUGCGGCAUUGAACUGCAUUAAUAGCUUUGGCGAGCAGGGCGGCUACAAGGAGUUUUUCGAAAGCGAAAUGAUUGCGGAUGCUUUGAAGAGUGGGUCGCCAGCACUUAAGGUAGAAGUAUGGACUUGGCUGGCCGAGAAGCUGCCUGGAUUGCCACCAAAAUCCAUAUCCAAGGAGGAGCUUAACACCAUGGUGCCACAUCUCUAUGCGCACAUUUGUGAUCGCAAUGCGGAUGUGCGGAAGAAUGCCAAUGACGCAGUCUUGGGCAUUAUGAUACAUUUGGGCUUUGAAGCUAUGUCACGUGCGCUGGACAAGCAAAAGCCCGCCUCCAAAAAGGACAUAAUGGCUGCCUUGGAGAAGGCACGUCCUAAUUUACCAGUGAAGCCGUUACCCAAGGGCAAGCAACAGGCGCCAAUCGCCGAUGAGCCAAAGAAAGUGGUUCGCAGUGGUGGUGGCGCAGGGGCAGCCCAGAGGCAGGUCGCCAAUAAAGCUGCCAGCGCUGGCGCCGACAAAGCAGCAGCUGCAGCCUCUGCGCGCAAAAAGGAUGAGGAUAUAGACACUUCACCGCUACUGGCCGUGAAUGGUAUUAAGAAUCAACGACUCAUUGAUGAACAGAAAAUGCGCGUGCUUAAGUGGACAUUCACCACGCCUCGUGAUGAAUUCACGGAUUUGCUGCGCGAUCAGAUGACCACGGCGAAUGUAAACAAGGCAUUGAUGGCCAACAUGUUUCACGAUGACUUUCGUUAUCAUUUGAAAGUUAUUGAACAGUUAAGCGAGGAUUUGCCAAACAACAGCAAAGCAUUGAUAUGUAAUCUGGAUUUGAUACUUAAGUGGCUGACACUGCGCUUCUACGAUACGAACCCUUCUGUGUUAAUUAAGGGUCUCGAAUAUCUAGGACAAGUGUUUCAGAUGCUCGUCGGAAUCGAGUACAUGAUGGCAGAGAACGAAGGCAGCAGCUUUGUGCCACAUCUGUUGCUCAAAAUUGGUGAUCCCAAGGAUACUGUGCGCAAUGGUGUGCGACGCGUGCUGCGGCAAAUUAAUCUGCUAUAUCCCUUCACUAAGGUCUUCUCUUAUGUAAUGGAUGGUCUUAAGUCGAAGAAUGCGCGACAGCGCACCGAGUGCUUGGAUGAGCUCAACUAUCUCAUUGAAAACUAUGGCCUAAACAUUUGCCAGCCCUCACAGCAGGUGGCGCUCAAGGAAAUCGCAAGGCAAAUCUCAGAUCGCGACAACUCAGUGCGUAAUGCAGCGCUCAAUUGCAUUGUGACGGGUUUCUUUCUGGCCGGUGAGAAGAUCUACAAGCUCAUUGGCCAGUUGAGCGAGAAGGAUCUGUCCAUGUUGGAUGAGCGCAUCAAGCGUGCCAAAAAGACACGCAAGCCAACGGCAGAGCCAACCCCAUCUGCUGCGCCAGUGGCAGCGCAAAUUGUGCAACAGGAGAGCAUUGAGAUUGAAGAUGCGGUGGCUAAUGGCUGUGAUGAGCUGCCGCCACCCGACCAAGAGUGCGGUGAUCAGCAGGGCGAAUUAAAUGCGCGUGGUCUGCGUAAUCUGUUGGAUCGGAAUGCCACAAGUCUUGAGAGCAACUCGUACUCCCUGACCAGACAGGCCACAUUUGAUCAGGCGCCAUCGGUGCAGCUGCUGCAACUGAAGCACCAAAUGCAACUGCAACAGCAGCAAGCACAGCAAAUGCGCACGAGCGGUCCAUUUGGACUGGAUCCGCAGGUAAUGUCUGAAAUUGAAAAGGACUGGGUGCGUGUGGAUCAAAUGAAUUUCAAGGAGUAUCCCAGUGUGGACAUCUCGCUGCUCUUUGAGCCAAUUAAAGUAAUACCAACGCGCGAUGGCUUCCAGUAUCCACAGGAGAAGUUUGAUCGUCUUAUAGCGCGUUCUCGUUAUAUGCAACAAAAUCAAACGACAUCACCACAAUCAAAUGCCACCAUGGUCAGCGGUGUGUCGCCUUAUCGCAGUCCAAUGCGUAUUCAAGAGCAACAACCACAGAUGGACAACAAUAUGCCCAACCUAGCCGAUGUGCUGCCCAAGCAUGAUCCGCAACUGGUUAAGAUUAUCAAGGCAGUGAGCAGCAAUGAUACGCUGAAAGCGCGUGCUGCUAUCAAUGAAAUCACGGAGAUUAUUGAAUCGCCCGAGAAACAGGCCGUGUUGCGUGACUACGAGGAGCUAUUCAUACAGAAUGUGCUGGCACAACUAAAGAAUCUAUCCCAGCUGCCCAUGUCGCAGUCUUUGGUUGUUUACCAACCAUUGCUGUCAAUUUUGUACACAUUCUUCAGUGCCAACAUUUUGGGCAAAACGCUGAGCGUUGCCUGUAUUAAGAAUCUAAUGUCAGCAAUGCUAUAUCUGCUGGCUGAUCAAAAGCUGACCAGCGGCGAUGAUAGUCAAUACAACAAGGUUAUCAAUGGCAUUUGUCUUAAAGUGCUGGACAAGGCUAACUUUACCAAUAUUUACUGCGCCUUGAUUCGUUUGUUGCGUGAGACUUGUCCUGAGGCUGGCUUGCCAAAGUUCACGGACCUGCUUAUGAAGUGCAUUUGGCGUAAUAUCAAAAUGUUGCCAGAACGCACGAAUGAGCUCAACUACGACGUUGUCAUGAUGGAGGUGCACGAGUUUAUGCUUGCCUUGCCCAGCAGCUGGUGGCAAAACAGACCCUCAGAUACGCCUCUGCGUACAGUGAAAACUAUAAUACAUAACAUGGCCAAGGUGAAGGGCAAUGCCAUAUUGCAGCAUCUCAAUCAAAUACCUGCGCACUCGGAGCUGCACACCUACUUAAUACGCAUACUAAAGAAUUUCCAGAAGGAUGGCACUGUGCCUGGUACAAGCGGAUCGCCGCAACGCCAGCUCUUCCCCGCCAAGGAUAUGGGCUCAAAGCGCAUUAGUCAUCAAACACAUGAUACUGUAACACAGAUAUUUAAACUAAUCUCAGACAAGGAUACCAAACAGCAGGGACUCCAAAAACUAUACGACUUUAAGCAACAAAAUCCAGACAUUGAUUUAAGCACCUUCCUGCAAGGUGCCAGCGCCAAUUUUCACAAGUAUAUUGAGGAAGGACUCGCUGAGAUUGAACGUAACCAGAACACAGCGCCCACGCAGUCACUCGACAAUCGCACGGCUGCUACACGUUCUUAUCUCGCAGAUGUCAACAAUCAGAAUGUGGUACAUGAGCCAGAGUACUGGAUGGAUCGUUUACAAAAUCUAAUGUCUAAGCGUAAUAAGACAGACGGCGAGAGUAACAUCUUGGAUAACAAGGUGGCCGAUGAGAAUCUCUGCUUGAAUGCCAUGAACUCACAGAAGGCAUCACUCAUCAGACGAGAGAAACCCGAAUUGUCGCCCAAUCGCCUGCAGCAUAUACAGGCCAGGCUGGCGCAAAUUAAAAAGGAGAAUCAUGCCCAAUAAUUGCGUAUUACGAUUGAGUUCACGCCGGAGCGUAGACUACAGGCGCAACAUUUUUAUUUUAUUUAAACAUAAUUAUGUAUGCUUAUAUAGACUCUCGGUAUAAUCAUAAAGUUAUAUAUUCAUAGUAACAAGCAAACUCGAAGACAGGUUAACAACAAUAACAAUAAUUAACAGGAUACUACACACAUACACAAACAUGCAUACUAAUAUUUAAACUAUAUACUACCUUAAAGUAAUACUACUGUACUACACACAGCAAAUCAUGUUGAAUGUAUUAGCACUGAGUUCAAUUUGUUGUCGAUUGAUUUGCGUUUAGCUUAGUUAAGUUCAAACAUUGAAAGCGUAUUUCUUUUUUUUCCUAAUUAUUACUACGUUGAUAAUUCAAUGUUGCAAGCAUGUUAACAAUUUGUGUAUUUAAUAAAGAAGCAUUGUGUUUUUCGCCCAUUACAAUUACGUAUUGAAAUUAGUUAAAGAAAUGUGUUAUCGUGGUUACGUUAGCUGCAGCCCAGAAUACUUAGUUUGCAUUGAAUAAGUUGAUCAACAACAUUAUGUUUCGUUUUAACAAUUGUAUAGCUUAAGAAUAUCUUUCACACACAUACUACAUGUAACAUGUCCAUUAUUUAUGCAACACACAAACACACACACACACAA